AUGGGAGAAACAGUCGCAUGUCCGAUCUGCGGGAGUACCCUUUCUGAGGAUGACAUCAACGCCCACUUAGACAGAUGCUGCGUAAAGACACCGACAAAACCUUCGAAGCAGAAUGGAUCGAUCGCGGGAUCGAGACCAAAGCCUAUCGCACCUAUAUUCCUACAUAAAAGGCCACCCUCUCCUAUUGCUACUCCAAAGUCACCUCCCCUCAAACGGGCAAGACCAUCCGCAUCCCACACCUCCUCCUCCUAUCAAUCCCAUCCCUCCUCCUCUGCAUCCCAUCCCCGAUCCACGCCAUUUCACUCCUCCGCACCGAUACACUCUCCCCACACCAUCAAGAACAGUACUUCCUCAAACCUCCUCGCUGCCCAGCCCCUUGCAGAACGCCUUCGCCCACAAACAUUAGACGACUUUGUAGGACAAGAAGAUGUUGUUGGUCCUGGAAGUCUCUUGCGCGGAUUGAUGGAGAAAGAAGGGAGUACUGGCGUAGGGAGCUGUGUACUGUGGGGUCCUCCAGGAACAGGGAAGACGACCCUUGCCCGCAUCCUGGCACAUAAGAGCGACGCGGUGUUCAAAGAGCUCAGCGCGACAAGCAGCGGCACAGCCGACGUCCGGGGAAUAUUCGAAGAAGCCAAGAACCUCUUAAAGCUCACUGGAAGGAGAACGAUAUUGUUCGUGGAUGAGAUACAGAGAUUCAAUAAGGCUCAGCAAGACUUGUUCUUGCCCUAUGUGGAGAACGGGUGGAUUCAGCUUCUUGCGGCCACCACAGAAAACCCAUCGUUCAAGGUCAACGGUGCACUUCUCUCCCGAUGUCGCGUCUUCGUCCUCCAUUCCUUGACAUACGAAAACCUGCUCCAGAUCCUCUGUAACGCCGUCUCUCGCAUAAGCUCCAGCACCUCCCCCUCGACAAGUGCGCCCGCGCGACCAAUACCAGACCAGAUCCUGGAACGGAUUGCCCGCCUCUCAGCAGGCGACGCGCGCACCGCGCUCUCAGCACUCGAACUAGUCCUCUCCGCCCCUGCCACGCUCUCUGAAGCGGCACUACUCGAGACGGUAAAACGCAGCGUUGUAGCGCGCUACGAUAGGACAGGAGACGACAGGUACGACCUCAUCUCCGCCUUGCACAAGAGCUUGAGGGGGAGUGACGUCGAUGCGGCGAUGUACUACUUAGCCAGGAUGCUCAGUGCUGGAGAAGACCCGCUGUACGUUGCGAGACGGCUGAUUGUGGUUGCGAGCGAAGAUGUAGGAUUGGCGAAUAAUGAAGCGCUACCUUUGGCCGUAUCGACCUACCAAGCAUGCCAAUUGAUCGGCAUGCCAGAAUGCAGGAUCAACCUCGCACAUUGUGUGGCCCACCUGGCGCUGAGCAAGAAGAGCACGAGAAGCUACAUGGCUUAUAAUAGGGCGGAAGCAGCUGCAAAACAAGAUACCACUGUGCCCGUUCCGAUGAACAUUCGUAACGCCCCGACGCGUCUCAUGAAAGAGCUGGGCUAUGGCAAGGGAUAUUUGUAUAAUCCUAACUUCGCACACCCAGUGCACAAUGUCUUCCUCCCCUCCACCCUCCAAGGAAGCCGGUUUUUAUGGGAAGAAGGGGAAGGCAAGACCUGGGAUGAAGAAGCCCUGCAAGACUGGGAGACAGUGGAGAACGAAGGCAGGCAAUGGGAGGGUCGGAAGGGGAGGACCGCCAUUCGCAGGGAUCUGGACAACAUUGCUGCCCGAAGAGAUGAUCGAAGAGGGGAGAUGAGGGAGGGAGGGAGCGAGUUGGAUGGGCUUUGA